AUGGUUCUACAGUUGGACAAAGCGGUUCUAGCUGGUCAAUACCUCGGCCUAGGAAUACAACAAAUAAACAGUCGACCAAGCUGUACAUGUACAGGAGACAGGAGACAAAUGUGGCAGCACGGAUAUCCUUCCAUGUUUUCCAACAGUGGUGGAUCGACACACGCGUUGCACAAUGCACUGGCAGGUCAGGAGAUUCUGGCGGAAGUGCAGAUGCCAAUGCGACAGCUAUCUCACGAUGUCUUUUUCUCAUCCUUUCAUGUGGCCUUUGCUUUGACUACACCACUGUCAUCCGCUUGCUCACCCCAUAUUGUUCAUGCAUGA